GACGGCCGCCGAUCGUCGAUACUUAGUUGUGCCGCGAGGCUCUACUGUAGAGUGUAGACAGCGGGAUGUACCGUUUAGCUCCGUUUUUUUAAUCCAACCAAGUAGGUUUAAAUGCCCACAGGAAUUGCCAAAACAGCAACACUUCCCAGCCAAGACUGCGCCACCAACCUUCAACGCAUAUUACCCAGAUUACCCACAUUUCCGGAUGCAUUUAUGCUAGUCUAUCCGAUUGGCGAGUGAUUCAUAGCUAUUUAUGUCGUAUUUUCGUUCAUGCUAGAGCUAUUGUUACUGUCUCUGGCUCACCUGACUGAUGUUUCGAAUGGAUACUGGAUACAUGGAUUGCAAUGUUUGUGUGAUUGUGAUUUAGGUUAAUACAGACGACGUGAUAAUCGCGUAGACUCGCUGAAAAACAUUAUUUUUCGACUGAAAUUUGUUGUGUGUCGGUGUUCAGUGAAAACAAUUUUUAUGAACACCCUAACAGAGACUUCCCCUAUCAUGGAUAUAUUGCCGAGUGUAGACAUUUUCCGGGAAUUGCAGGAUAUCCAUGAUACAGGAUAUUUUUCAGCGAAGCCAUCUCUAGACGACCACUGGCAACAGACCUGCUACGAGAUGGAGAGGUACCUCAAAGAGGAGCCGAAGAUGAAGUCGUCGUACAAGAAACUCUCCUCGGAGAUGAACCGCAGCACGUGGUACGGCAUGAACUGCCUGGACGACUACUGCGGCGAUCGGCUGAGCUCGGCCAGCUCGCCCUGCUCGUGGGAUAGCGCCCUCUCGUGUGCGAUCCUCGUCAAGCAGGAACCCCUCGAUGACAUCGACGACGAUGACGACGAAGAUCCCGACGACGACGACGAGGACGCCUUCGUGCGUCUCCGCCUAGGCCGCGCCUCCUCCGCCCUGACUCCGCCUUCCUCGCCCGAAUCGGGCAGGGGCGGGGCGAGCAACGAAAGCUCGGGCGGCGCCAGCGACGUCGACGUCUGCGCGCUGCGUCUCACCUCCCACUCCUCGCACCCGUCGAGCCACGGGCCACGCCCCCACCGCAAUGCGAUAGUGCGCGUGCGCGCGUCCGGCCUCGCGCGCUACAUCUCGGUGGUGCCGCGACCGACGGGGGCGGUGUCGGUGGGCGGGGCAGUGGGUGGGGGAGGGGGAGUUGCGGGGGCGGGGUCUGCUGGGGGUGGAGGCGCGGGGCGGGGCCACUCGCGGUUGGACCAUUCGCCGGACUUGAAGCGGCGGAUACACAAGUGCCAGUUUCUCGGGUGCAAGAAGGUGUAUACGAAAAGUUCGCACCUCAAGGCGCAUCAGAGGACGCACACAGGGGAGAAGCCGUACAAGUGUUCCUGGGAGGGAUGCGAAUGGCGGUUCGCUCGGUCUGACGAGCUGACGCGCCACUAUCGCAAGCACACCGGCGCCAAGCCGUUCAAGUGCCGCCAUUGCGACCGCUGCUUCAGCCGCUCCGACCAUCUGGCGCUGCACAUGAAGCGCCACGCCUAGGCCGGGAGGAAAGGGGGGAGAAUGAGGAGUAGGAGGAGGAGGUCUCCCCGCGUCACCGCAUCACUGCCAGUUACCGUUAGUGUACAUACCUAGAUUAUUAUUGAUUAUUGAUUGGGAGUGUAUGUUUAUUGUGUAUUUGUGUGCAUUCUAUGUGUGUAUGAGACUUGUUGUGGAGCACUCUUCGAUUUGAUGUGAGGGCGCGCCGAGAAUGAAACGGAAAUGCUCCAUCCUACAGGAUUGUUCGGAACGUCAUGGUGGCACAUGUUGAUCCAGAGCGAUUUCAAUGGCGCAUUUCAUCUCUAGUCUGAGAAAAACGUACUUUCUUCUACUGAAUAUUGCAUUGAGAACAUAAUUACUAUGUCACAUAACAUUUGCUCGUGAAUUGAAUGAGUAGAUAAACAUCUAAUGAAUUCCUGAAACAUUUCACAUGAUUUCUUACAAUGAACAUACAUUGAUACCUAUAUCGUCGGAGCAAAACCAAAUCUCAUCGCUAAGAGAUCUGAGAUGGAUAGAGUUACUGUUUCGACUUACCUGACCCCAUCAGUAGCUAUCGGUCUGCUGGCCAUCGAAAACCCAACGCUUCAGGUAUAUCACGUCAAUUGAAGACGAUCACUAUAGGUAACAGCUACCUAGAGUGCUGUUUCCUAAUUAUUAUCAUGUACCAUCUGGCGAUGCAUUACCAUCAUGAUAUAUGUUUAUUAUUACUUUGGUCAGUAUUACUAGCAAAUUUAUUAUGCACCUGAAGUGGCGAUUUUUCCACUAUCAACGUAUGUCGAAGAAUAUCUUUCCAUACCUCGUCAAAAGUUGAUCGAAUACGCCUCUGAAGUCACCAUUUUUCCUUUCUUCCGUAUGAUGUCGAAAUACGUGUCGAAUUCGCGAUCAUAAUCGUACUAUUCGUUAUAAUGCUGCAAAGAAUGUUGUCUCUGUUUGCUGGUUCACAGCCGACUGACCCCUUCCCUUACUCAUGUCUGUAUGAUGCGCGCGCCAAGGAAUGUACCCCCACUCUCGCUCAGUAUCAGUCACCUUAAAAUGAGGGGUGAGAUAUAUGAAUUUCCUUUCAACAUGCCUCGAGUGGAAACGACAACUUGCUGUAGAAUUCAAACCACUUCUAGGAUAUCGAGAUGCUGAUAAAAUUGAAUCAGUGAACAGCUUUGUUUAUUUGAACAUAAUUGUUUGCUGCAGAUCUCAAAACACCGACAACUUUAGUUGUUAUUCUUAUUACUGAGAUGCAAUUGAUAAAUUUAUUGUGCAAUCGAUGAAGCUAUUGAAUGUUAUGAAAAAUACGAGGGGUAAACCGCUGAGGAAGUAUGGUGUACAGCAUGAGGAAGUACAAGGGAAGUACGGGAAGUAUGAGGAAUUAUUAGGAAGUACAAGGAAGUAUGAGGAAGUACGAGGAAGUACGAGGAAGUAGAAGGAAGUAGAAGGAAGUACAAGGAAGUACAAGGAAGUACAGGAAGUACGAGGAAGUUUAUAGUACUUGAAAUGCUCACGUUAAUGUUCCUAUUGCGAGUCCUGCGCGUUAGUGACGAUUGAUGUGUUAUGUUUCAUCACCGUCUAGAGACAUGACGCAUCAAAUAUUGCGAGCGAGCCGUGCGGAAGUAAAUAUUCAAAAAAUUUCCGGCUGAUCCUGAUAAAGAAACAUCACUGAAAUAGCUGAAAUUACUAUCGGCGUCAUAAACAGAUUUUCUUCAGUUAAUCAGAGGACUUGAACCCACGAUCUUUCAAUCCAUACACACACGCGCCAUGGGGCGCCGUGGCCGAGUUUGUCUAUGCGCUGAACUUCGCUAGAUAGCCGUUUACGAUGCGGAGGUACUGUCGGUUCGAAUCCGGCUAUCAGGCUGAGCCUUUUUCUUUGAAAUGUGUGAUUCAUGGUUGUAGUCCUGGAAGCACCUGCCCUAGGAGUGCCCUAGAAGUGGUUCGGAUUCCACUAUUGAGCUGUAGGUCCCGCUCUUCCUAACCCCGCACAAGUAUCGACUUCUGGGGAGUUGGUUCCCAACUUUGAAGUAGCG